AUGGCAGAGCCUGAGAAUUCUAUCAAGUCUGCUGAUCAGACUGAAGAUCAGAAAAACGAUGACAACCCACCAGCAACAGAUGAAAUCUUGGAAUCGCCCGAUAAAACGGCUGCCCCGCCAGCUAACGAUAAUCAACCAGAAGAAGAUCAACAAGCAGAUGAAGAUGCUCCUAACUCACCACAUAUUGAAGAUUCAAAGCCUAAGUCUACCGGAUUAAACCCUGAAGAUGAUGAUUACGAAGUAGUAGUAAAGUUAAGUGACCUACAAGGAGACGAGAAUAGUCCUCUAUACUCUGUCACUAGCUUCGAAGAGCUGGGAAUAAACCAAAAAAUUCUACAGGGUAUUUACGUCAUGAAUUUUAAAAAACCUUCAAAGAUUCAAGAGAAAGCUCUGCCAAUACUUCUUCAGGAAACUCCAACAAACAUGAUUGCCCAGUCGCAGUCCGGCACGGGGAAAACAGCAGCGUUCGUCAUAACCAUUCUUUCACGGAUAGAUCAUGAAAACCCAAAAUCGCCACAGGCACUUAUUCUUGCUCCAUCACGCGAGCUAGCGCGUCAAAUUGAAGGAGUCGUCAGAGAAAUAGGUCAAUUCGUCGAUGACUUGACAAUCCAAUGCGCGGUUCCAGGAGCUGUGGAAAGGGAUGCUCCGGUCGAAGCUAUGAUAGUUGUGGGAACCCCAGGAACGGUAAAUGAUCUCAUAAGAAGAAGGCAGCUUGACACAAGAAACCUGAAAAUUCUUUGCCUGGAUGAGGCCGAUAAUAUGUUAGAUAUGCAAGGACUUGGUGACCAGUGUUUGCGGGCUAAGAGUAUGCUGCCUGCUAUCACCCAAAUUCUCCUGUUUUCUGCAACUUUCCCUGAUCAGGUCUGGGAAUACGCAAGACAAUUUAGUCCUGAAGCUGUUGAAAUAACGCUGCAGAAGGAGAAUCUAACUGUCAGUGGUAUCAGCCAGAUGUUCAUUGACUGUCCAUCUGAUGCUGGAAAAUAUGAUGUCCUCGCUCAACUUUAUGGAAUGAUGACCAUUGGCUCCUCAAUUAUUUUUGUUAAGAAACGAGAAACAGCCGACAGAAUUACUGAUCGUCUAGUAUCAGAAGGUCAUCAGGUAGUUGCCGUUCAUGGUGCUUACGACGGUGCGGACCGUGACAGGAUUCUUGAGGACUUCCGGGCCGGUCGUGCAAAAGUUCUUAUCACUACUAAUGUUCUCGCACGAGGUAUCGAUGUUUCAACUGUAAGCAUGGUGAUAAAUUAUGAUAUCCCAAUGAAGGGCCGUGCAGAUGAGGAAGUUGACCCAGAGACUUAUCUGCACCGAAUCGGAAGAACUGGUAGAUUUGGACGCACAGGGGUCAGUAUCAGUUUUGUGUUUGAUCACCGAAGUUUUCAAGCCUUGAGCUAUAUCGCUAAGGUGUACGGUAUUGACCUUGUGAAAUUAGAUCACGAAGAUUGGGAUCAAGCCGAAAGGAUCAUUCAAACUAUCAUUAAAACUACGCGUACAGCAUAA